CUUCUCCUAACAUGUAAAGAUAAAGCAAACGAAUAGAAUCGCCUAACGCUAACGCGGAGAACAAAUACUAAAAUAAAAAUUCCAUUUUGAUCGCAAAAUAAAAUAAAAUAAAAAUUAGGGUUAAGGAAUUUGAGGUAAAUCAAAAGAAUGGCAACACCAACAAAAACAGGAAAGGAACAACAAGAAGAGAGCAGCAAUGCGGGUGGGAAACCUGGACUUAGAAAGCCUGUCUUCACCAAAGUGGACCUGCUUAAGCCUGGAACUGGAGGUCAUACCUUGACUGUCAAGGUCCUUAAUUCCAUUGCUGUCCUUCCAAAGGGCCGAUCGGUCUCUCACCAUCUCCGUCAGUCACGAAUCGCUGAAUGUCUUAUUGGGGAUGACACUGGUUCCAUCAUCUUCACCGCAAGAAACGAACAAGUUGAUUUGGUGAAGCCAGGGACGACUGUAAUCCUCCGCAAUGCAAAGAUUGACAUGUUUAAGGGAUCUAUGAGGCUAGCAGUUGACAAAUGGGGUCGUGUUGAAGUCACUGAGCCUGCAGAAUUUGUAGUCAAGGAAGACAACAAUCUCUCUCUUGUUGAAUACGAGCUUGUGAAUGUUACAGGAGAGUGAUAGGGAUCUCUUGGCCAAUAUAUUGUGAUACAGAGUAGCUUCAGAAAUCUAAAAAUUAUGGUGGCACUUUUCUAAUUCCGAGUAAUAUUGUAUGUGGUGAGAGUAGCUACGGAAAUCUAAAAAUUAUGGUGGCACUUUUCUAAUUUCGAGUAAUAUUCUUAUGUGGUUUCAGUUUA